GUCUUCUGAAUACUGUUUAUAACUUUGACAGUUUUGGUUUUGGAGGAUUACUGCAAAAUGAGUAAUACAUCUGAUAUUGUUCUAUUUUCUCUGUCUGGCUUCAGUGCCACUGUCAACUACAAAAUCACAAUUUUCGCUCUCACUAUAUUAUGUUAUUGUCUAAUUGUGGUGGUAAACAUGUCUAUCAUUUUAACAAUAAUCUUGGAUAUAAAUUUACAUGAACCCAUGUAUGUUUUUCUGUGUAAUCUGUGCAUCAAUGGACUUUAUGGGACUGCAGCCUUUUAUCCUAAAUUUGUUUUUGAUCUGCUGUCUGAUAUUCAAGUGAUAUCAUAUGUGGGAUGCUUUAUACAAGUGUUUGUUAUAUACUCUUAUGUAUCAAUUGAUUUCUCUGUUUUAGCUCUUAUGGCCUAUGACAGAUAUGUGGCUAUAUGUCGACCCCUGGAGUAUCACUCUGUAAUGUCUGUGCAAAGGACUGCUGUGUUAAUUAUUUUCUCCUGGCUUGUGCCUUUCAUCUGUGAAAUAAUGAUUGUAACUUUGACAUCUACACUAAAAUUAUGUGGCUCUCAUAUAGAUAAACUCUAUUGUGAGAACUGGUCAAUUGUUAAACUUUCUUGUAGUUCAACGACAGGAAACAACAUUAUUGGAUUGAUUGUUAUUAUUUUCUACUGUGUGCAUGUUCUUUUCAUUUUCUGUUCUUAUGUGAAGUUGGUAAAAUCAGCUUUAAAAUCCAGAGAGAACAGGAGAAAGUUUAUGCAGACAUGUGUGCCACAUUUGUUUUGUUUAUUUAAUGUCACCGCUGCUUUGCUUUUUGACAUUAUGUACUCAAGGUAUGGAUCAGUAUCUGUCUCACAGAGUGUAAGGAACUUCAUGGCCAUACAAUUUCUCAUAAUUCCCCCACUUCUCAACCCUAUUAUCUAUGGACUGAUUCUGGCUAAAAUUCGAUACAGAAUGGCAGCUUUGUGUAUGAUGGCAGGUCAGAGAUUUAAGUUGAGACGUAAGGUUUGA